AUGUACUAUGGUUCCCAUUACGAUUACUAUUACCUCCUUUUGGCUGGUAUAUGUGUUGUUGGAGCUAUCAUGUGUUUAGCGCUUAUGCCUUACUUCAACCGUGUUGAUCGUGAAGCUAAGAAACGCCAAGCAGAAGAAGAUGCGGAAUUAGCGGUUGCGAAGUCCAAAAGUGACGAUGAAGAAGAGAAAACAGAUGAUGUUAAGGAGGACAUUCUCGAUGCAACAGAUGAUGAUGAGUCUAUCGAUAGUGCUACUAGUCAAAGUUGUGGCAGCAGUAGAGAUGGACAUAUGGUGAGUGAUGAUGCUAAAUCAAAUGGUCGUGAUCAUCGUCAAUAA